AUGCUGUCGCAACGAAAUGCGGUGACGCAGACGAAGGUUGUGCAGCGCACACGCGCUGCGGAAGGGCGCGCCGGGCGCUCUGCGCGCGCUGGGGUGCGCGCGAACGCGGACGCCGACCUGGGGAAAGCCGCGGCGCGGGAAAACAAACCUUUGGAAAAGGCCAACUUGUUCAGCGCGAAGUUUACGCCGUUCGCGGGCGAUGCGAGUGAAGAGUAUUCCUUGGAUGAGGUCAUUUACAGAAGUAAAUCUGGUGGCUUGCUCGACGUGACGCACGACAUGGAGGCGCUCGCGAUCUAUCCUCCGGAAUAUUGGAAGGCGUUGUUUGACGAGCGCGUUGGCAAGACUACGUGGCCGUACGGUUCUGGGGUGUGGAGUAAGAAGGAGUGGGUUCUCCCAGGGAUCGCCGAUGAAGAUAUCGUGUCCAUGUUCGAAGGUAACUCCAACUUGUUCUGGGCCGAACGGUACGGACGAGAGUACCUGGGCAUGAGCGACCUCUGGGUGAAGCAGUGCGGUAACUCCCACACUGGGUCUUUCAAGGAUCUUGGUAUGACCGCGUUAGUGUCCCAAGUCAACCGCAUGCGUAAGAUGGGUAAGCCUCUUUCCGCCGUCGGCUGUGCGUCCACUGGUGAUACUUCCGCCGCGUUGAGCGCGUACGCGGCCGCUGCGGGUAUCCCAUCCAUAGUCUUCCUUCCGGCAGACAAGAUCUCUGUUGCACAACUUGUCCAGCCGAUCGCCAACGGCGCGCUUGUGCUUUCUAUUGACACCGAUUUUGACGGAUGCAUGCGUCUCAUUCGCGAAGUCACCGCGGAACUUCCGAUCUACUUGGCGAACUCUCUGAACUCUUUGCGCCUCGAAGGUCAAAAGACGGCGGCGAUUGAAAUCUGCCAACAGUUCAACUGGGAAGUUCCUGAUUACGUCAUCAUCCCGGGUGGCAACCUCGGCAAUGUCUACGCUUUCUUCAAGGGGUUCAAGAUGUGCAAGGACCUUGGUCUCGUCGACAGACUGCCGCGCAUGGUCGUUGCGCAAGCGGCGAACGCCAACCCGUUGUACCGCGCCUACAAGAAGGGUUGGGAUAAGUUCGAAGCCGUCAAGGCUGAGCCGACUUUCGCGUCCGCGAUCCAAAUCGGUGAUCCUGUUUCCAUCGAUCGCGCGAUUUAUGCGCUCACGGAAACGAACGGUAUCGUUGAGGAGGCGACGGAAGAGGAAAUGAUGGAUGCUGCCGCGGAAGCCGAUUUGACGGGUAUGUUUAACUGCCCGCACACUGGCGUCGCGCUCGCUGCGCUCAAAAAGCUUCGUGAGCAACAAGUGAUCGCGCCGAGUGAUCGCACUGUUGUCAUCAGUACCGCUCAUGGCUUGAAGUUUACUCACAGCAAGGUUGCGUACCAUGAGAAGAGGCUCGAGGGGCUCGAAUCGAGAUACGCCAACCCGCCGGUCGUCGUCAAAGACGACUUCAGUGCUGUCAUGGAUGUUCUCAGUACUCGCUUGAACAAGUAA